CCAUUUCAUUUCGUUCAUUUCUUAUUCACUCAUUUUCAACCAACACAAAAACAAAACUUUUCCAUUGCCCUCUUUUCUUCAUCCAAUUGGGUAUCUGAAAGUCUCAUCCUUUUCCAGAACAAACCAAACCUCAUCCUUCUUCUGCUUAGUUCUAGCUAAAGAGACAUGUGUGGAGGUGCUAUUAUCUCCGACUUCAUUCCCGGCGGUUCCGCCGCCGCGGCGUCGCGUUCACGGCGGGUUACGGCGGACAUCCUGUGGCCAAACCUGAGGAAGCCAGUGAGCAAGUCCGGCAAGAGGAGGGGCGGUGCCGGCGCCGGUGUGGUGGCGGUUGAUGAUGACUUUGAGGCUGAUUUCAGAGAGUUUAAGGAUGACUCUGACAUCGAUGAGGACGAGGAUUAUGAUGUUGAUGAUGUCGUUGGCGGUGGUUCUGUCAAGGGUUUUGGAUCAUUCGGUUCAACCAAAACCGCCAAGCCUCAGCUCAAAGCUCGUGGACCUGCUGCUGUGAAAUCCAUGGAGCCAAGUGGACAGGUUGAGAAAUCUGCUAAGAGAAAGAGGAAGAACCAGUUUCGGGGAAUCCGUCAGCGUCCAUGGGGGAAAUGGGCGGCUGAGAUCCGCGACCCGAGAAAGGGUGUUCGUGUCUGGCUUGGGACAUUCAGCACUGCUGAAGAAGCCGCAAGGGCUUAUGAUGCUGAAGCAAGGAGGAUCCGUGGCAAGAAAGCCAAGGUGAACUUCCCCGAGGAGGUUCCGGCCGCGUCCUCAAAGAGGUUCAAGCCACAUCCCGAAAUGCAGCUCCCUAAGGAGAAAAUGAACUGUGCUAAGCCCAAACUGAACAACCAGAUGUUUGACUUUGGUAACGAACUCGGGGACUUUUACUCUCAGUUGGAUCAGGUGGAACAGAAGCCUCUGAUUAACCAAUAUGCUAACAUGGAGUCAUUCCCCGGAAAUGGACUUUUAAAUGCAUCUGAUGAUGUGGCUGCUUAUUUCACUUCGGAACACUCGAGCAAUUCAUUUGAGUAUUCCGACCUUUCAUGGGGCGAGCAGGGCCCGAAGACUCCCGAGAUAUCAUCCAUGCUCUCGGCUCCCGUUGAAGUGCAGGGUGUGGCUAAGCAAGAGAAGAACAUGGUGCAGCCUAACAACACUCAAGCUGACUCUGCAAAGACGCUAUCCGAGGAGCUUGCAGAUAUGGAAUCACAGCUGAAGUUCUUCGACACUCCUUACCUCGAUGCAAGCUGGAACGAUACUUCAUUGGAAUCCUUCCUUGGUGUGGACUCAACACAGGAUGUUGGAAACCCAAUGAACCUUUGGAGCUUUGAUGACCUUCCAUCCGUGGGAGGCGGAGUCUUCUGAGAAACCUAACUGAUCUCCCCUGGUUUUUAUGUAAAUAAGGCGACAGGAAUAUAUGAUAGUUUGAGUUGGUGAUGAAGUUGGAAGAAGCAACCGGCUCAAGUGUGUGGAAUUGAGUAUCUUGUGGCUAUAAUAUGCAGUAUAGGACUUUUAUAUAUGUAAUUUAGGUUACUUUUUUCUAUCUUAUCAAAAAACCUUAUGUUUGGGAGAUUUUCAAGUUUAAUGUUCAUAUGGAUUUCAUAUAUGAUGAUAUGUGAUGAUACAAUCUUGACUGAUAUAAAUUGUUUGAUUAAUUUGUUUGGAUUA